AUAUAUAUUCACAUCCCACAUCUUCUCCCUUUCAUUUCCCCGCAACAUUUUCUAUUCGUCGAGACUUUUUUGAAACCAAAUUCCCAAUGGCACCUAAAGCCGAGAAGAAGCCAGCCGAGAAAAAGCCAGCGGAAGAGAAGAAAGCCGAGAAGGCCCCAGCGGAGAAAAAGCCUAGAGCCGAGAAGAAACUCCCCAAAGAAGCCGGCGAUAAGAAGAAGAAGCGAGCCAAGAAGAGCGUGGAAACCUACAAGAUAUACAUCUUCAAGGUUUUGAAGCAAGUGCACCCUGAUAUCGGGAUUUCGAGUAAGGCGAUGGGGAUCAUGAACAGCUUCAUCAACGACAUUUUCGAGAAGCUUGCUCAAGAAGCGUCUAGGCUUGCUCGUUAUAACAAGAAACCUACGAUUACGUCCCGCGAGAUUCAGACGGCUGUUAGGUUGGUUCUGCCUGGAGAGUUGGCCAAGCACGCUGUCUCGGAAGGGACUAAAGCUGUUACCAAGUUUACUAGUUCUUAGGGUUUCGAAAAAUUGGUAUUUUGGGAAAUAUGGUUUUGUUGUAAAAAUUCAUGGUUUCAAUGUCGUUUCUUUUGUGGAUCUCUCUGUAAUUUCAAGAGCUUAAAUGGAAAUCGGAUUAUGUUUUUAAUUUCUUCCUAUAUACACUGUAUAAUUCUCAAUAUUGGGACUUUUUUUUUGUUAAUGUUACAAUUUACUAAGGUACAAGGAAACCUUGCUUUGUUGCAAGAAGUGCAGGCGGCAAACCAUGAAUCAGUAAAUUGAUAAAUGAAUAAGCUUUAUUUAAACUUGGCAAUGUGUAUUAUAC